AUGCAUGGGUGGGUACAGGGAAAUGGUUGCGAGGGUCAACGAAUGGGUGGGAAACCCGGCUCUAGAGCCUGGGUGGAGGGCAGUGGUCCGAAAGGCGAUGGACAGAUAGAACAGGAAAUCAGGCUUAGAUGCACAUGUGGACAUGCGGUACAGUUGUGCAGUGCAAAGUUAUGCCAGACUCGUGUGCGAAUUAGCCCCACAGAAACUUGCUCUCCUCCCUGCUUGCCUUGUGGACCUCCUCGCUCAGACCCCUUCGGCCCGCAUUCCUAUCUCUGCCACACCGGCCGUCCUAACCUCGUUUAUGAGGCACGGCCUGCCUGGUUGAGUAUCUCCUCCCAGACACGGGAAGCAAUCUUCACGCUCCUGAGAACACGUAAAGUGGCGCUUCUCAACUGCCCCCCUCGAGAACCACCCCCUCCUCUUUAUUCUGUCAUUUGGGUUCGCCCUUGGCAGUCGGUGUCGCCGUAG